GCUAUAUUGUCCUCUGUAUCUGAUGUGGUGUCUCCCUAUAUCUCGGCAUCAAUCACCGCCCGUCAAGCAUACUCCGUUCUUGAGAGAAUGUAUGCAGGCAAUUCUCGAUCUCGGAUCAUUGGUUUGAAGACCCGGCUUGUGCAAGAAAGACAAGGCAAUCGUUCUGUCUCUGCUUUUCUCUAGGAGAUGAGAACCAUAUGCACUGAGCUAGCUCUCGUUCAAGCACCAGUUGCUGAUGAAGAUCUUGUCCUUAACAUUUUACGAGGGCUGAACUCUGAAUUUGGCCCUCUCGCUGCUGCCCUUCGUGCUCAUGAAAACCCGAUUGAUGUCGAAGAUCUCCAUGAUAGGUUGGUGGAGUUUGAAACUGACCUUGCUGCCAACCGACACUCUCCCACAACAGCCUUUUCUAUUCAUCGUGGGAGUGGUGGUGUACGAGGAGCAGCGCGUGGCCGUGGCUUCUCUCCUUCCAAGCAGCCCUCUCAUCAAAGGCAAUUUCAGCACCCUCAACAAACUCUUCAUCGACAAUUUUAUCAAGGACAGUCACCCUCUUCCCUUCAAUCAAUUCAACACCACCAACAACCGUCCCGUGGCAAUAUCAUUGACUUUAUUAGUCAUCAACAGAGUGCUGGUCGUGGUGGAAGAGUGAGGAUCUUUUGUCAGUUCUGUGACAAACCCGGGCACACUGCAAAAGAGUGCUACAGUCUUCAUGGACGCCCUCCUGCUCAAGCUUAUCACACCUCUGCUGCUCCUUCCAGUCCCGGUUGGCUAAUGGACUCCGCAGCGACCAACCAUAUCACCCCAGACCUUGGCAAUCUUUCUCUUUACACAGACUACAAUGGCCCGGAUGAGGUUCUUGUCGGCGACGGUACAGGACCUGUCCACGGGGGCGCAACUACUCCGAGGCCAGAAUAAAGGGGAUGUGUACGAGCUGCCACCGGAUGUAAAGACCGUCCGCUUAGCACUUGCCACUACUACAACUUCAUCGACUGUCUGGCACAAUCGACUGGGACAUCCACAUCCUAGGCUGCUCUCUCGUGUUUUGCGCUCUCAAGCUCUUCCUGUUUCCAUUUCUCCAGCUUCCUUUUCUUGUGAUUCCUGUUUGGUAAACAAAACUCAUAAGCUUCC